GGUACAGUGCGCGCACUGUCCUCACAUGUGUCGAGUCUUGGGCUGUCACUUGGUAACAUUUUAAACUUUAAAAGUCUUUAUUUUGUGUAGGGUUUAGUUUUUAUUUCGCUUAAAUUCCACAUCGCUCCGCCUCGCCAUGGCCUCGGCGAUUCCUCGCAUCGUCACCAAACGGCUGCUCUCCACGGCCGUGUCUGCGGCGCCGUGCGUGGCCGCGGCCUCCGUGGCCACCGCGGCCCGCCGCGUGGCGCUCUUCGAGGCCGAGCGGCGGCGGCAGCUGGAGCUGCUGAUGCGCAUCGAGAAGGUGGAGCUGAAGCACAUGGGGCCCGGGCAGCGCGGGGCCACCCUCGUCAUGAAUCGCGGCCUCUCCACGCCCUACAACUGCGCCCAGCAUCUGAGCGAGUGGUUCCAGACGCGCUCCGUGCUCGCGAGCAUCGACGGCGAGCUCUACGACAUGUACCGCCCGCUGGAGCGUGGCGGGCCCAUCACCUUCCUCACCUUCAAAGACGUGGACGCCACUCCCGUCAACGAGGCCUACUGGCGCUCCUGUGCCCUCAUGCUGGGCUCGGCCCUCAGCAAAUCCUUCAAGGAGGAGUUCCCCAUUGAGCUGAUCGGCUCUCCCGAGGUUCCAGUCAUAUCCGGAGCCUUCUGCUACGACGUUCUGCUCGACGCCAGACUCGACGCCUGGGUCCCGACGGAGGAUAAUCUUCGCUCCAUCACACGCGAGGUCCACCUGCUCCUCAAGGAGAACCUGCCCUUCGAGCGCCUCUCCGUUGACGCCAGCGUCGCCCUCGACAUGUUCAGCGAGAGCGGGCCUAAGGUGGCUGCGAUCGAAGAGAAAGCCUCGAAGAACGCGGAGCGGAAAGUCACCCUCUACAAGCUCGGAGACUUUGUGGAAGUCAGCGACGGACCGCACAUCCCGCGCACCGGCUUCUGCUUCCACUACGACGUCACUGCCGCCCACGCGCUCAGCCCCCCGGCGGCCGGGGCAGCACCGCAGCCUGACGCGGUGGCGCCGGCGGGGAGCUUGCGGAGGUUCCAGGGAGUCUCCCUGCCCUGGCCACUCAAGACCCAUCACGUUCUCUGGAGCCGUCUCGUAUCAAGGUCUCGUAAACUGGUGACGGAGGACAGGAAGGAAGCUGAAGAAGUCGCCGUCGCUUCCUCACCAGCGGAGCCCUCGUCUGCGGAGCCCUCGACUGCUGCCACGACCACCACGACCACCACGACGACUGCUGCUGCAUGAGAACCCGCAGCUCCGAGUCGACGGUUCACAUCUCCCUUAAAAACGAGUUCGCGACCCAAUAAAAAAAACACUUCAAUCCGCCCACGGAGCAGCUCAUCGUGAGAUUGCGCACGUGUGGGUGACGAGGUCGGGGUGGGUGGUGGGGGAGGCGAGGGAGGAGACGGGCGCUUGGGAUAUCACCUCUCCCACCCCCCUUUAGGGGAUAGACGGGAGUUGGCGUCCACGCGGGACUGUUCCCGACGACGAUCUCUACCGCUCUACCGCCCCACCCUUGUGCCUCCUCCCCUGUUGUUCCCUCCUCCUCCGUAUAUAUAAAACAAACACCGAAACUCCUGCUCGUAAUGCCCACCGCGUGUGUGUUUGUGUGUGGGGCAGUGAGCCCAAUUUCUGUCCCCCCACCCACCAUCCAUCGUUGGACCCAGGAGUGCCGAGUCGGGGAUUUAGUCCACGGAGUUUCCGUACCCCCCCCCCACUUCCGCCUUGUCGAGGUUUAUGCCUGGCGCCAGGUUCUUGUUGCGUUGCAACUAAGUAAACAAAACACUUAACUCGGUGUAGCACGUAGUAGGAGGAGUUUACGAGAAAUAUCCAACAUAGAGUUUUUGUGUUAGAUCGCGCAAAUAUAAAUGUGUCGUUCAACCUGCCGCCACCCAACGCAGCCAAUUAAUAAGGUUUGUCACGUAUACAUAACGAAUUGGCAUGUUUUGUGUUCGUGACACAUCUUACUAAUUGGCUGUGUUGGGUGGUGGCUGGUCUAACGACACAUUUAUGUUUACGCGAUCUAAUCCAAAAACCUCGUUUGGAAACCACGUAACUAUUUUUGUUUUAUCAGGUAAGGCCCACUGAGCUCUGUAGCUUUUUUUCAGAAGCGACCUGGCCACAUAUGAUAGCGCCAACGAAGUGGCUUAUCACGUGGACAUUUAUAGCAGCUAAUUACCCUAAAACGUGUGACGUUGAUUCUAAAUGUGGAGUGGAAAACCCGAGGACCCAGAGAAAAAUCCUCGCGACCACUCCAAAUAUACAGCAGGCGUCAGAGUCGGGAUCGAAUACACGACCUCCUGUACACCAGGCGAGGUGGCUAACAUCUUGCCACCGUGGGAUCGAGCCCGCGACCUCCUGUACACCGGGCGAGGGAGUUAACAUCUAGCCACCGUGGCGCCAUUAAAUCUGCGUCGUCACUCCUCGCGCUACGUCAACUUCGAACGAAUUUUUACCCACGCAAAUCCUUUAGGCCUGUACAACGACAACAACAGACGGGUAUUAUUGCGCCUUGACUUCUCACUAAGUGGCUCUAAGUUUAUGACCCCUGAAAGGAUGAUCGGGACGACGAUGGCCAAGUGGACCUAUGUUUUCAUAUCCCAUCAUGACGCCGGUAGCAAUUCGUUCGUCAACGGAUGCCAUUAUCUCCCAGAGUAGAGAAUGCACGGUAACAUAUUGGCAUCACUGUGUUGUUUAUGAUGCAUGUACAUUGAACUUGUUUCGCAACCGUACGCAGCCAACCGUCAUAAUCGGAGGUGCGCUAAAAUCUGGUGGGAUGAGCGCCUCCCCUCUCCGCACACCGUUGCGGGUCGUGGCCAUUGUUUGACCAUACUUCACGCUGGUCAAGGCCCAUACAAGCACCACUCUCCAGGCUCGCCUCCUGCUUAGCUGCUUAGUUCUGACUUUCAUGGGGAAAGUUCCCCAGGUUAUUUCGCCAUAGGCCAUGAUUGAUGCGUGCGAAUAGAUAAUAACACUGGUCAACACACUUUUUCUGGCAUAAGGUAUUCCAACGGUUGUAAGGUAAUUUUGGGGUGCUGAUUCCAAAUCUGGCAUCAGUUUGUGUCUAUCACAUCAGGUUUUUGAGAUAUCAAAUAUUGCAUUUUCAAUCAAAACUGCAGAAGAAAAAUAUUAAAUGUGUAUAUCUACAUAAAAUGAUAUUAUAAACACACUAUCCUAAAAACACAGCACCAUAUUUUAACACUAAAGCAGUCACUGACUCGCAACAACUUGCAAUCAUAAGUGACGGAGUUAAUUUCGGGUAAAAUCAAUGAAAAUGGGGUAUGCCGAUAGCAUCAAAUUUAGAUGUGAUAGAGCAAAUCUGAGAUCAGAUUUGGAAUCGGCACCCUGAAAAUCGUUUUUUUUUUGUUGACCAGUGUAAUUAUCAUGAUAUUCUACAUCUGGGAAGCCUGGCCCCGCCGGCAGGACAUCUGAAAAAGAGCUGCAUUAUAGUUCAUCGGAUGUCUGCAGUAGAAAUAAAUAUUCAUAUUUUCGGGUGGGUGCCCCUGCAUUGAGAUGUUUGACCAAUUCAGAUUUUUUUACGUUUGGGUAAAACAUACUGUAACUUGAACCAAAUGUGUUUGUGUGUAUGCAACACACCUAUAUUACAUUCACACACACACACACGUGUAUGUG